UCGAUCCUAAGAGACUCGAUACGCCCAGACCUGGCCCAUCUCUUCUCUCUCUCUCUCUUUCCUUCCUUCUUUCUUCUUUGGCGGAUUUAUCAAAGCCCUCACUCUCUCUCUAGUCGCGCUUCUUCAAAAUCUACAUCCUCCAUCUCUCAAAUCUGAGAAUCAAACAACUGCAUUGUCGAUUUAUCUCUCUAAUCUCCUAUCAAUGGCUUCCUCUCUUCCUUCUACUGCUUCAGCUACCUUAGCAAAGACCAAUUCUUCCGCCUUAACUGCUGCAUCCCACGCCCAUCAUCAUUCUCCUUCCAAAGUCUCUUUUCGCCUCUCUCCCAAGCCCAAGCUUCGCUUCUCGCUCAAGGGAUUGAAGCCCGGAUGGAAUCGGCCUUGUAUUGUGAGAGCACAACUUACCGAGGUUGUGGUUGAUGAAAAAUUGGCUACAUCAACAAAGGAUGUAAAACCAUCUGAGGAUCCAUCUUCUCCAGUCUUGGCUUCUGAGGAGUCAAUUUCUGAAUUCAUUACUCAAGUUUCUAAUCUAGUCAAGCUAGUUGACUCCAAGGAUAUUGUGGAGUUACAGUUAAAACAGCUGGAUUUUGAACUCUUAAUCCGUAAAAAAGAAGCCAUACCUGUACCAGCAUCUUCUGCUCCUGUUAUGAUGCAUGCAUCUCCACAAGCACCACCUGCUUACCAAAUGCCUGCGGUUCCAGCAACUCCAGCAGCACCAGUACCUAGACCUGCAACUCUUGCUUUGCCACCUGCUCCUGAACCUUCUAAAUCAUCCCAUCCACCUCUCAAAUCUCCCAUGGCUGGGACAUUCUAUAGAAGUCCAGCACCUGGUGAACCACCCUUUGUGAAGGUUGGAGACAAAGUUCAGAAGGGACAGGUUCUCUGUAUCAUUGAAGCCAUGAAGUUGAUGAAUGAAAUAGAGGCUGAUCAAUCCGGAACCAUAGUUGAAGUUAUUGCAGAAGAUGGCAAACCUGUCAGUUUUGAGACACCUCUUUAUGUGAUUGCACCCUAGAGAAGGAGAAAGAACAACUGUUACACCUGUAUAAGCUGCUGCUGCUGCUGCUGAUAUUAGGAAAGGUUGGUACUUGUUGGGUUUUGCUGUUUUUAUGGUUUUUGUUUCUUUUUACUGAAAUUAGAAUCUGUGAUGGUUAUGGAUAGAGAAAGCAAACUAGAAAGAAAUUAGAUCUUGAUUUGGCACUUUCUUCUACCUUGUUAUUUGAAUUAGAAAGUUUAUUAAGCUGGAGCUGAGUUUUAAAUUUUAAAAAAAUAAAAGAGUACUAUGCAUCUGCAUAUUAAUCAUGUAUUUUGCAGACUUUUAAGGUAAUUUUUCAUGUGAAUUAUUUAUAUUAGAGUAAAAGCAUGUCAAGUAA